AUGGAGCCGGAGCUGGAGGCGCGGGUGCGAGAGGCGUUGCGGGACAAGCUGCGGCUGCUCCGGGUGAGCGGGCCAGGCACAGCGGCGGCCCCUGGCAGCCCUGCCCGUGGCACGGUGGCAGAUGCCCUGCCCAGGCUCUCCCUCCGCAGCCCGGCCGAGCUGCACGCAGCCCGUGGCAGGACGGGGACAGCGCGGGGCCCCGCCACGCUCCCUCCAUCCACCCGUGUGCUGCUGAAGAGGCGGGAGGCGGCGGAGGCGGAGCGGGAGCUGCAGAACCAGCGGCAGGAGUUCCAGCAGCGGAUGCAGCGCCUGGCGCAGCGCCGGCAGCAGCUGGCCCGGAGGCGAGAGCAGCACCGCGACGCCGUGCUCAGAUUCGAGUCCUUCCUCAAGGCGGCGGCGGCCCGGCGGGAGCGGGAGCUGCGGAGGGCGGACGAGCAGCGGGCGCGGGCGGCGGCGGAGCGAGCGGAGAGCGCCCGGCUGCGGCGGGAGCUGGAGCGGCUGCGGCGGCACCGGGAGCGCCUGGCCCGGCGCCUGCGGAGCCUCCGGCCCUUCGGGGACUACCUGCGGGACGUGCUGGCCGCGAUGGGCCAGUUCCAGGACGUGCCGGCCAUGCUGGUGCAUUUGGGGGUGCUGGCGGAGGUGCGGGCAGCCCUGGCACGGGAGGCAGAAGCCGGGCAGGAGCAGCUGGCCCAGGGCAGGGCACAGCUCCAGCGGUACCGUCAGGAGAGCAGCACCCAGCUCCUGGGCACCAGGAACGAGCUGGCACGGCUCCACACACGCCUGGAGGCUGCCCAGCGGGAUGUGCGCCAGUGGGAGUCCUGCUGGACCCACAUCCAGAGCACAGCCACCCAGAAGACCCUGCUGCUGGGGCAGAUCAAGCUGGCUGUGCUGAACCUCUUCCAGCAAACCACAGCACAGCUCAGGAUCCUCACAGACAGAGCCCAGGACACAAAGGCCCAGUUGGACACAGUGCUGCUCUGCAUGAAGGCUCUGUCUGACAUCUGUGCCACCGGCACACACCCACAGCAGCACAGGAGUGUCAGGCUGCUUCAGGGCCACAAAUAGCCCCUGGGGACUAUCUGCCUGCUCCUGGGGCUGGAGAGAGGCUGCCAGGGCCAGCAUGGAGCCACAGGACCCCUCUGUAUGCAGGCAAUUCCUGCAAGUCUAGAAACCCAUGUCAAGAGGCAACAUGGACAGCAGUGGCACAGUCACACUGGGGUGGCACCACACCCAGGCAGGGCCAGGGCACUCCUGAGGUUCCCUCCUGCACAGAGCACCCCAGGCAGGAGGACGAGGAGGAGAGAGCUGCUGAAGGUGCUUCACAUUAAAAUACACCCAGCUGUGCAGCACA